UGUGAGGAUAUCCCAUGGCUGGAUACAAAUCCGUUAUGUCCCAUCAUAGGAGGCUACCCCCAAAUCUGCCCAACCCCCAGCCUGAGGAAUAGGGACCUGGAAGUCCCAGGCUGACACUUACCUGCAGCAAGGAACUCAGCUCAACUACUUACCUGCAGAAAAGAACUCAGUUCAACUACUUACCUGCAGCAAGGAACUUUUCACUACUUACCUGCAGCAAGGAACUCAGCUCAACUACUUACCUGCAGCAAGGAACUCAGCUCAACUACUUACCUGCAGCAAGGAACUCUCCACUACUUACCUGCAGCAAGGAACUUUCCACUACUUACCUGCAGCAAGGAACUUUCCACUACUUACCUGCAGCAAAGAGCUCAGCUCAACUACUUCCCUGCAGCAAAGAACCCCUCCACUUACUUGCCGCAGGGGGCAUUUCUCCGGCCCCGGGUAGGAUGGGCUGACACCAUGCCCCUGAUGAUGGUGGGUCUCCGGGCUGUGAGUUGCCUGAUCGGGGUGGUGGUCCUCCUCCUCUCCUUGGUGCCCUGGACCCGGAGCUGCCCCGUCCUCAUCCACAGCUGCAAAUGCGUCCUGGAGCGCCCCAAACAUGGGGUGACUUCUACCGGGGCUCAGAGGAAGAAGGUGAUCUGUACCAAUGAGGACCUACUGGAGGUGCCCGACCCGGCCCUGAUCCCCAACAAGACCGCCACCCUGAUCCUCAGCAACAAUAAGAUUACCGCGCUGAGGAACGGAUCUUUCUACGGACUUCAGGAAUUGGAGAAGCUAGAUCUGAAGAACAACCUGAUCAGUAGAAUGGAGCCGGGAUCUUUUCUGGGACUUUCACAGUUAAAACGCCUGGACGUCUCCAACAACAGAAUUGGCUGCGUCAUUCCGGCCGCGUUCCAAGGACUGAGCAGUCUGGGCCGCCUCUCCAUAUCGGGAAACAUCUUCUCUACCCUCCCCUCCGGGGUGUUUGAUGAGCUGCCUGGACUGAAGUCUGUGGACUUUUCUACAGAGUUCCUGACCUGUGACUGUCACCUGAGCUGGGUGGCCGCAUUGACCAAGAAUGGCUCCAUCCAGAUCUCUGACCGGACGUUCUGCUCGUACCCCAGUGCGCUCAGAGACCGGCCUCUGCGGAACCUGAAGGAAAGCCAGCUGACUUGUGAAGGGACACCGGAGCUCCACACCCACCAGCUCAUCCCAUCCUUGCGGCAAGUUGUGUUUCAGGGGGACAGAAUACCUAUCCAGUGUACAGCAAGCUACUUGGGCAACGGCAGCCAAAUCAUCUGGUACCAUAACGGAAAGCAGGUGGAGGAGGAUGAUGAACAGGGCAUUAUCCUGGAGAAGACAAUCGUCCAUGACUGCACCUUUCUCACAAGCGCUUUAAUCUUGUCCAACAUCUUGCUGUCCGCCAAUGGAGAAUGGGAAUGCGCCGUGUCUACGGAGUACGGCAACGUCAGCAAAAAGGUGGAGCUGGUAGUCCUGGAGACCUCGGCGUCCUACUGUCCGUCCGACAGGGUGACCAACAACAGAGGGGAGUUCAGGUGGCCUCGCACUCUGGCGGGAAUCUCUGCCUAUCAGCCGUGCCUGCAGUAUCCUUUCACAACCAUCUCCAACAACGGCAUUGGUCAGAAGGCUUCCCGUCGCUGUGAUCGGUCGGGGCACUGGGAGGAAGGCGAUUACUCCAACUGCCUGUACACCAAUGACCUCACCAGGAUUCUCUACACCUUCGUACUGAUGCCCGUUAAUGCGUCCAAUGUGUUGACCAUGGCUCAGCAACUACGAAUGUACACCGCAGAGACGGGCAGCUUCUCGGAUAUGAUGGACGUCAUCUAUGUGGCUAAAAUGAUGGAGAAGUUUGUGGAUUCGGUUGAUCAAGUCAAAGACCUGGCUGAUGUGAUGCUGGAGAUGGCCAGUAACAUGAUGCUGGUGGACGACCACAUCUUAUGGAUGGCCCAGGUGGAAGAUAAAGCCUGCAGCCGCAUGGUCCAGACCUUGGAGAAGAUCGCCAACCUGACAGUCAGCAGCAGCUCUCAGGACCUCUCUGUGAGCACUCGGAACAUUGCAUUGGAGGCCUUCCUUAUCAAGCCCAACAGCUUUGUAGGACUGAGCUGCACGGCCUACCAGAGAAGAGAAGGGGGAAGAGUGGGCGGCGGCCACAAGCAGGACAGGGAGAGGAAAGAACAAGAAGCCCCCACACAUACUGACCAGAGGCUGAAGCUCCGAUGUACCACGGGACAAGCCAACGUCUCCUUGGCAAACUUCCACGUCAAGAACAGCCUGGCCCUGGGCUCCGUCCAGCUUCCACCGAGCCUCUUUGCCUCAGUCUCAUCUCCAACCUGCAAGCUGCAGGUCCUGGCCUUCAGGAAUGGGAAGCUGUUUAGGAGCGUUGGGAAUUCUUCUCGGCUGGCGGAAGACGGGAAGAGGAGAAGCAUUUCCACUCCGGUCAUCUUUGUGGGAACAGGUGGCUGUGAAAUGAGUAACCUCACCAACGCCGUCACUGUUACUCUCCGACACUUGGUGAACGGGUCUGACCCGCUCCCUGCCCACUGGAACUUCAGAGCCCUGGAAGGGUAUGGAGGUUGGAGCUCCGAGGGAUGCCAACUUUUGGCAGAGGAAACAAACAUAACCAGCAUGCAGUGUCUACAACUCAACAACUUUGCCAUCCUGACGGAGUUGAACACUUUCUCGCAGUCCACUCAGAAUGGCACAGAACUUCUUCAUCCCGUCAUCUACACUUGCACAGCCGUGCUUUUGAUUUGUCUUUUCACAACUAUCAUCACCUACAUUGUGAACCACAGUUCCAUCCAGAUCUCGCGGAAGGGCUGGCACAUGCUCCUCAAUCUCUGCUUCCACAUCGCCAUGACCUCAGCCGUGUUUGCUGGAGGAAUUACACUCAGCGGAUAUGUGAUUGUGUGCCAGGCUGUCAGCGUCAUCCUGCAUUACUCAUCACUGUCCACCCUCCUAUGGAUGGUCCUAAAGGCCAGAGUCAUCUAUAGGGAGCUGACCCAUAAGCCUCAGCCCCAGCAGGAAGGAGAGGCCGUCCAGACCCCCAAUAGACCUAUGCUCAGUUUUUACCUGAUUGCUGGAGGAAUUCCGCUCAUCAUUUGUGGGAUCACCGCGGCCGUGAACAUCAACAACUACAGGGACAACAGUCCUUACUGCUGCUUGGUAUGGAGGCCGAGUCUUGCCGCGUUUUACGUUCCGGCGGCCAUCAUCCUCCUGAUCACCUGGAUCUACUUCCUCUGUGCCGGGAUCAAUCUGAAGCGUCAGCCUGUGGAGCAGAAGGAUCUGGGAGAAGCCAAUGAUGUUCAGCAGUCACAGACCGGAAUCAGCCACCUCCUGAGCGACUCGACCUCCAUCUCCGUCACCAUCAACUCAGCAGCCCCACCGGACGUGGACACCGUCUACUCCUUGGCGGUGCAGUUCUGGUCGCUGGUCAUCGUCCACGUCUUGUACGUCAUCCUCUGGAUUUUCGGAGCCUUUGCCGUGUCACAAAUUUGGUAUCUGAAUAUAAUAUUCAGUUGCCUCUAUGGAGUGACGGCCGUGGCCCUGGGGCUGUUUAUUUUCGUUCACCAUUGCGUACGCCGCCAGGACGUUCAGCGUUCUUGCUGCCCAAUGUACGCCGAAACCGCGCCGAUUCAAGCCUACGUGCAAACCAGUUCUCCCGUAGAUGACACGCCUCCGGUUUUUAUUGGGUGCAACCCCGAUGCGACGCACUCCGUCAAGUCGUCGUCUUCCCCAAGCAACAGCAGCAACUCCAACACGGGGCCUUGCAAAAUCACGAACUUGCAGGUGGCUCAGAACCAAGCCGAAAGCUGCCCGCCCAAGCCAGCCAGCUGCGAAGACGGCGAGCCCGCCAACAACAAAUGCGCGACGGCCCAAAGCCGCUACACCAACAACCUGCACAAUCGCAGAAACCAUAAAAGCAGAACUAAGCAGUACCGGGAAGGGAAGCACCACCGGUUAAAGGUGCUCCGCGGACCCUCUUCGGACUUGCCUUCCAGCGAGAGCGGCAGCGUCCACAACAGUCACUCCGAGAGCUAUCAUAGUAAGAAUAGCCCCUUAAACAACGGCAGGACUGAGGUGGCAGCCAGGGACCCAGAGGGGGCCAUCACCCAAUCCGAAGGGAGCGACAGCAGCGGGCACCAGGCUCAGGACUUUGCCAAAGCGCAGCGGAAAAGCGCCAGCCGAGACAAUCUCAAACAAGCCAACAGCAUGGAAAGGGAGACCAAACGGAGGUCCUUUCCCCUUAAUACGGGCAACCAAAAUGGUGUUCUAAAGGGUAGCAAGUAUGACAUCAAUCUGGCUACUACGGAGAGCCCCACCGCCAUGAAAACGGGACUCUGGAAGAGUGAAACUACUGUGUAGUUGAUGUUUAAGUACAGCUGGCAUGCGCCAUAUACCAUGAUGACCCAGAUGCCAACAAAUGAUAAGAAUACGGAGCUCUCCCCAGCCAUAGGAUGAUCGAUCGGUUGGUGGAAAUGGCCGAGACCCUCAACAGUACCUGGAAUAUCAGUGUAUUGUACGAUUGUGUACUGAACGCAUGAUGAUUGCAGCAUUGUGCAAGAGAAUCGAACUGAGGAUUGGCGUUAUGAAGUGUGUGUCUCAGCAGGAGACGUCUUGAAGGACCUUGGAAUUGAUCCAUCUUAUGAUCCGUCUUGGAACAAGGCGCACUUGGUGAGGACGGCGGUCACCUGGCCUUAUCAUGUGACUCGUGUCGUUGAACACUCGUUAUAAUCCUGAUGCUGUUUUCCUGAACUCCUUCAGUACCAAAAAAAAAAAAACUAAACAGCCUGAGCUUCGUUUUCCUAAAUCAGGUGACGAAACGCGCCUCAGGCGGUCUGUUUCUAAUCUGACACACACGUGCCUUAUAAGCUUGUCUGUUUUCCACAUUAAGCACUUUUUUUUUUUUUUAAGGAAUUUCUAGUCCAAGGAAUUUGUGGAAUCAUGCACUUAUCCAGAACUUUCCCAUCACUCCAUCCCAUUAAAACUUUUCCUCCACACUAUCCCCACCACCCCCACCACCACCACCACCAACCACCACCAGC